AUGAGCUCGACGACGCAGCAAGCCGGCGCAAAGCUGGAGGAGGUCAAGCAGAAGGUCGAGGCCGCUGCACCCAACACCGCACCCAAGCUCAGCGGUGUCGCCCUCUACUCGCGCUUCGCCUUCGCCGGCGCGGUGUGCUGUUCCCUUACGCAUGGCGGCCUCACCCCCGUGGACGUGGUGAAGACGCGCAUCCAGCUCGACCCAGCGACCUACAACCGCGGCAUGAUCGGUGGCUUCCGCCAGGUCAUCGCGAAAGAGGGCGCCGGUGCCCUGCUCACUGGUGCCGGCCCAACCUUCGCCGGCUACUUCCUCCAGGGCGCCUUCAAGUUCGGCGGGUACGAGUUCUUCAAGCAGCAAUCCAUCUCGCUGCUGGGCUACGAGAACGCCGCCAACAACCGUACUGCCGUCUACCUCGCAUCCGCUGCUUGCGCAGAGUUCUUCGCCGACAUUGCCCUGUGCCCUCUCGAAGCCACCCGUAUCCGUCUCGUCUCCGAGCCCACAUUCGCCAAUGGCCUCGUCAGCGGUUUCAGCAAGAUCGCCAAGACUGAGGGUGUUGGUGCCUUCUACUCUGGUUUCGGGCCCAUCCUUUUCAAGCAAGUCCCCUACACCAUGGCAAAGUUUGUCGUCUACGAAAAGGUCUCCGAAGCCAUCUACAAGAACUUCGUCGACAAGUCCACCGCCAGCAACGGCAUGAACACCACCGUCAACCUCGGCUCCGGUCUCAUUGCCGGUUUCGCUGCCGCCAUCAUCUCCCAGCCCGCCGAUACCAUGCUCAGCAAGAUCAACAAGACCAAGGGUUUGCCUGGUGAGAGCACCACGAGCCGUCUGGUCAAGAUCGCGCAAGAGCUGGGUCUCCGGGGAAGCUUCAGCGGUCUGCCCGCGCGUCUGUUCAUGGUGGGCACAUUGACUGCCGGACAAUUCGCAAUCUACGGUGACAUCAAGCGGGUGAUUGGCGCUGUCGGUGGUGUCGAGAUUGCUGCUGCGAAAUAA